AAAUACUAAGACAUUGAGAGCCUGCACAUCCAUUCUCAUUAACCAAAACACAUAACUCAUUCCAUCACAUAUACUAUCUCCUAUGGCCCUCAACUUUCAUUUCAGAUUAGUUGUUCUUGCAGCCCUUUUCCUGUUGGGGUUGUCUGCGUUGGUGUCUCAAGCCACUGCCCGUACCCUCGAAGAAACUUCCUUGCUCUUGCGCCAUGAGAAGUGGAUGGCUCGCCAUGGGCGUUCAUAUAAGGAUGAUGUCGAGAAAGCAAAACGGUUCAAAAUCUUUAAAGAAAACCUAAAGUUUAUCGACUCUUUCAACAAGGCUGGCAAUUUGUCUUACAAACUUGGCACCAACAAGUUUACAGAUCUAACUACAGAGGAGUUCCGAGCCACCAUGCUUAAUGAAGACAAGUCAUCACCAGUCCCUAAGACUUCAAAACCUGCUUCUUUUGCGAAUGAGAGUUUGGUUCAAAUUCCAUACUCUUUGGACUGGAGAGAGCAUGGUGCUGUGACUGGUAUCAAAGACCAAGAACACUGUGGUUGUUGCUGGGCGUUUGCUGCGGUGGCGGCUGUGGAAGGAAUAACCAAAAUAAAAACAGGACAAUUAAUUUCCUUAUCCGAACAACAACUCGUCGACUGUGACCCCAACAAUAGAGGCUGUGGCGGCGGAAACAGAGUGGAGGCCUUCCAAUUCAUAAAGGGCAGCGGCGGCCUCAUGACGGAGUCCGACUACCCGUACGAGGGUGUCGAGGCAAGGUGCAACACGCAAACCCUUCGCAACCGAGCUGCCACCAUUGCAGGCUACCAAGAGGUGGAAGCCAGCGAAUCGGCUCUCCUUGUGGCCGUCGCAAACCAACCUGUCUCAGCGGGAAUCACCUUCGACGGACGUAUGGCACGAUAUUUACAAAACUACCCGAAAGGAAACGGAAUUUUCACCGGCUACGACAACACCGGCGAGUGUGGGUCCGGAUACAAACAUGCUGUGACGAUCAUUGGGUACGGGACGAGCCAUAACGGAUUGGACUAUUGGUUGGUGAAAAAUUCAUGGGGGGCCGGUUGGGGUAUGAAUGGUUAUAUGAAGAUGGCCAGAAGGAUCAAUGUUGAUGGAGUUUGUGGCAUUAACACCAGGGCUUCUUACCCCAUUGCUUAAAUUUUUCUAAGAAUUAUGUUACGUUUAUGUC